GAACAAGCCUUUCUCGUUUCUGUUUGUUAACUAGGCCUUUUGAUAUUUUUGUAGACAAUCUGCUUCAUCUUGAUUCUGCAGCAUUCCAAACUGUGGUAUCCUUGGGGUUCUCUUAACAUUGCUAUGGUGCAGAAGAUUUAAAAUCAGCUGAUGUUCACAAGGAAUAGAGUCACGUGAUGUAUGAAGGGAAACAUAUACACUUCUCUGAGGUUGACAAUAAGCCCUUGUGCUCAUAUAGCCCCAAACUGUGCAAGCAGCGGCGACUGAACGGGUACGCUUUCUGUAUCAGACACGUUCUGGAGGACAAGACUGCCCCCUUCAAGCAAUGUGAAUAUGUGGCCAAGUAUAACAGCCAACGUUGCACCAACCCCAUCCCCAAAUCAGAGGAUCGUAGGUACUGCAACAGCCACUUGCAGGUACUUGGCUUUAUCCCGAAAAAAGAGAGGAAGAAAAAGAAUGAUCCUAUAGAUGAGGUGAAGGUCAGGCACCAGAUGGAUACCAUGGCCUUUAGCCUGACGGUGCCCCCGUUGGCCUUGAAGAUGCCCAAUGGACUGGAUGGCAUGUCCCUCUCUCCACCCGGGGCUAGGGUCCCUCUCCAUUACCUGGAAACCGAGUUGGAAGACCCAUUCGCUUUCAACGAGGAAGAUGACGACCUAAAGAAAGGGGCAACUGUGAGAAAGAAGUUGCAGAGCAAGUUGGCCCAGAAUCGGCAGCGCCAGAGAGAGACCGAGAUUUUGAAAGUCCGACAAGAGCACUUUAGUCCCCCUCCUGCGCCUUCACAGCAGCAGCCCCCGCAGCAGCACUCCCACCUGUCACCUUUAUCCACUUCUUUGAAACCUCCAGCGCCACCGCCACCGCAGGGUUUAGUCUGCAAGUCACCUCCACCUCCGAACACCAGCCUACCAAUGCAGGGAGUGGCCCCCACCACGCACACUAUAGCACAAGCAAGGCAGUUGUCCCACAAGAGGCCACUGCCCCUCCUGCCAUCCAGUAGGGCUCCCGCUGCGGACCCACCCAGGACUGACCGGGUCCUCAUGAAAGCCACAGCCUUCUCGCCACACUUCUCCUGUAUAAGUCGCCUGCAGAGACUGGUGAAACUGUGCACCCAGAAACAUCAGUUGGACACUGAUCUGUUUCCCCAUUUAGGGUUGGACUGGUCAGAAGAGAGCGGAGAGGAACCAGAGGACUCAGAGCAGGCCUCGCCGUACCAGGUGGCAUGGUCCAUCCGAGAAACCCUCAGAUAUGAGAGACAUACGUCCGAUGACGAUGAUACGGAGAGUAGGAGCUCCAGGGUGACCCAACUUUGCACUUACUUUCAGCAGAAAUAUAAGCACCUCUGCCGCCUGGAGCGGGCAGAAUCUCGUCAAAAGAAAUGCCGGCACACGUUUAGGAAAGCUUUGCUGCAGGCGGCCAGCCGCGAGCCGGAGUGCACCGGCCAGUUGAUGCAGGAGCUGCAGCGGGCUGCGUGCAGCCGGACCAGCAUGAGCCGGACCAAGUUGAGAGCAGUAGAGCCAGCCGCAUGCAGUGGAACCGUGAAGGGUGAACGAUGCCCUAACAAAGCCCUUCCAUUCACCAGACACUGUUUCCAGCAUAUCCUCUUGAACCGCUCUCAGCAGCUUUUCUCAAGUUGCACAGCCAAGUUCGCAGACGGACAGCAGUGCUCUGUGCCCGUAUUCGACAUUACACACCAGACCCCGCUGUGUGAAGAACAUGCCAAAAAAAUGGAUAAUUUCUUGAGAGGAGAUAGCUCCCGUAAGGUUCAGCACCAGCCGCAGAGGAAACCCAGGAAAAAAACCAAGCCUCCUGCACUUACCAAAAAACACAAGAAGAAGAGAAGGCGUGGACCUCGUCGACCCCAAAAACCCAUCCCCCCUGCAGUACCCCAAGGGAACCUCAGCAUGCCCACCAGCGUCUCACUGCCAGUGGAGGCUGUUCAGAUCCGGAGCCCGUCCACGCCAGAGCUGAGUGCUGAUGAGUUGCCGGAUGACAUUGCCAAUGAGAUCACUGACAUUCCACAUGACUUGGAAUUGAACCAGGAGGACUUUUCAGACGUCCUGCCACGGCUACCUGAUGACUUACAAGAUUUUGAUUUUUUUGAAGGAAAGAAUGGAGACCUCCUUCCGACUACCGAAGAGGCCGAGGAACUCGAACGGGCCUUGCAGGCUGUAACUUCUCUUGAGUGCCUGAGUACCAUUGGGGUACUUACCCAGUCAGAUGGUGUGCCAGUCCAGGAGUUGUCCGAUAGAGGAAUAGGGGUGUUCUCCACAGGUAGUGGAGCUUCAGGAAUUCAGUCCCUGAGCAGAGAAGUUAACACGGACCUAGGGGAGCUAUUGAAUGGGCGCAUAGUACAUGAUAAUUUUUCUAGUCUAGAGCUGGAUGAGAACCUGCUCCGUUCUGCUACCUUGUCUAACCCACCUACACCCCUGGCAGGGCAGAUCCAGGGGCAGUUCUCUGCCCCAGCCAACGUUGGCCUUACUUCUGCCACUCUGAUCAGCCAGAGUGCACUUGGGGAGAGAGCCUUCCCAGGACAGUUUCAUGGACUACAUGAUGGCAGCCAUGCCUCCCAGAGGCCACAUCCUGCCCAGCUGCUGAGCAAGGCAGAUGACCUAAUCACCUCACGACAGCAAUACAGCAGUGAUCAUUCACACUCCUCGCCCCACGGAAGCCAUUAUGAUAGUGAGCACGUGCCGUCUCCCUAUAGUGACCAUAUCACCUCUCCCCACACGACAUCUUUCUCUGGUGAUAAUAUGGCAGCUACCUUUUCAGCAGAGAUGCCCAUCAUGGCGCAGCACUUGCUCCCAACCCAACUCGAGGUGCCACUUGGAGGAGUCGUAAACCCCAGAACUCACUGGGGCAAUCUCCCUGUCAACCUCGGAGAGCCCUCUCCAUUUAGCAACCUUCUCGGCGCAGAUGGACAUCUUCUCUCCACUUCCCUCUCCACGCCACCCACCACUUCGAACUCAGAGACCACACAGCCUGCCUUCGCCACUGUGACCCCCAGCAGCUCCAGCGUGCUCCCGGGGUUACCGCAGACCAGCUUCAGUGGCAUGGGGCCUUCUGCUGAACUCAUGGCCUCCACCUCCCCCAAGCAGCAGCUCCCUCAGUUCAGCGCAGCCUUCGGCCACCAGCUGAGUUCUCACAGUGGCAUUCCUAAGGACCUGCAGCCCAGCCACAGCUCCAUAGCCCCUCCUACAGGCUUCACAGUAACAGGUGCCACAGCUACAAGUACCAAUAAUGCAUCUUCUCCCUUUCCCUCCCCUAACUGAGCGUGUCUGUGUGUUUGCAGGCAGGUGGGGAGUCUGGCGUUUUCUAUCUUUGUUUCCUGUUUAUCAUCCCUCUCCCCCUUUUCCUAACGGAGAUUUUAAAAAUAACAGAUGGGGACUACAGGGGAACUCCCUUUUCCAGUUCAACAAGUCGGCCUGCGGUGGACCUCGCUUCAGUGUUCACGUGUGCUCCUUCGCACUGGUGCUCAUUCCCCCCUGGCAGGUUCACCCUCCCCCGAUGGUUUCCUUCGUGGCUCAGCACAGUGACUGGAUAGAAUCGAUUUUUAGCAGCAAGUCCUAGAAGUGGAAGAUACCUCAGAUUACCAGUGCCCUUUUACUAUUUCCUAGUAUUCAGAUCAAUGCUUUCCAUUCUGUGACCAGGUCUUGACGGAGGUGGUUCUAGAUAGAAUGGUCCUAUUCACUGAGUUCCUGUGUAAGUGAUAGCAGAUGGUGUGUGGGGGGCAGGUCGGGGCUCUGAUCCAGCACCACCUGCUAGACACCACAUGAGGCCAGGAGUCCAUUCCGAAUUGUGAUCAUGUUCGA